AUGCUCAUCUCCAAUCUACAACCAAUGAGUGCCAUCGACGAAGAGUUCUCAGACGACGAAAGUCUCUAUGACAAGGCCUCGGAAGUGUUCCUUGGCUACACUGACGUCGCUUUUGACGAGGAAGACGAAGAGCCUACGCUAGAAGAUACCUUUAUUGGUGGACAGCCUAUAUGGCUUCACGAAGACUCGAGUCCAGCCGAAAAAGACUUAAAAUGUGACAAUUGCAAUGAAUUCAUGGCCUUACUUCUACAGGCUUCCGCUCCGCGUGACGAUAAGCCUUAUGACAGGGUAUUGUACAUCUUUGCUUGUAAGAAUACCCAGGUGUGCUCUCGUAAGAAGGGAUCCAUUAAGGCCAUCAGAGGAGUCUGCAAAGAUCCCGAGAGAAUGGCCGAAAUCAAAGCAGAACAAGAUGCGGAAGUUCAGAAGCUUCUUGACGAAAAAUUGAGAAUCGAGAACAAGAAGAAGUUGCAGAUUGAGAUGACGAAGGACAUAUUCGAUGCGACCAAGCCAUCGACACUGACAAACCCAUUUGGCGGCAAUUCUUUUGGAGGUAAUCCAUUCGGUGGUAAUCCUUUUGGGGGGCAAGAGACGAAGUCGAAGGUGGAUGACAAGAAGGCUCCAGCUCAAGAAGCAAAGCAGUCUAAACAGGAACUGACAUACGCAGCUGUCCUGGCCAAGGCCGCGCCCAAGAAGGAACCAGUUAAAAAAUUGUCUGCAGGCUCCGUGCUACCACAAUAUCCUGGCUUUUUCUUGUUCACCGAGCAAGAGCAGUUGAAGAAGGUUACCCACGAGCCUGAACUCGAGAAGUACAAGGAGCUCAUAGACAAGAUGGAUCCAAACGAGGACCAGAGGGAGAGAUCCAUGUCCAACUCAUCUGCUACGUCGUCCUCGGGCUUGAACCCUGAAACAAGUAAAAUCGCAUCUAUGUUGAGUGACGCAUUUUUCGAGAAUUUCUCGUCAAUUGUUGGCCACAACCCAUCGCAGGUAUUGAGGUACGACUUGGGUGGAGAGCCUUUACUCUACAGCGGCAAGGAUGAUGUUGCCAAAACCUUCAAGAGCUCUGGUCUUCCAUCGCCGGCGUACAAUCCAUCUUCAGAGCGUCAGUUUGAGCUCCAACUAAUGCCAAAGGCAAUCAUGGACCUUGAACUGUAUCUGUCGAAGCUGGUUAAAGAUAUUCUUGGAGGAAUGGCUUGGGGAACCAUCAUUGUGGCUACCGAUAUCGAUGACGGGGUGUCGCUGCUAGAUGAAAAUCAUGUGGGAUAUGUUGUCGAAUACUGUGGUGUUCAAUGGGAAGAAAGUGUAUAA